AUAUUAUUCGAGUGCCUUCCGAAGCUGCUGUCUUAAAAACUGUUACUGUAUUUUUCAUUCAACCAAUUACUGUGGUCCUCUAAGGACCCACGUUAUAGACAUUAUGCAACUUUCGUUGGGCCCAUUUUUCAUCUGUCUAACAGUGCUGUGCACAUUUUUGGUGACAUAUACAAAUGCAGAAAAAAUAGUGACCUCAAACAGUCCUCUGUCGGUAAUAGCGAGCGCUAGUAACUCCUUUGGCAUCGACUUCCUUAAGCGGUUACUGCAGGAGAAGACUGGAAAUAUAAUAUGCUCUCCCUUGAGCGUCAAUAUUGUAUUGGCUAUGGCUGCCUAUGGUGCCCGUGGAAACACUGGUUUCCAGAUAAGACAAACAUUGACGCUUCCUGAGGAAGACGCAAUAGGACAAAGUGGUUAUGAAUCUCUUAUCACUAGUUUGAAUGAUAUAAAGACCGUGGAUUUGCAAAUUGCUAAUAAAAUCUUUGUCGCUAAGAAAUUCGAAGUCAAUCCCGAUUACACGGCUAUUACUAAGGAUAUUUUCCACUCGGAAUGCGAGACAGUAGACGUUUCAAAUCCAACAGCUGCUGCAGCUACUAUCAACUCUUGGUGUGCUAAUAAUACGAACAAUCGUAUAAAAGAUCUACUCACUCCUGACGAUAUCGACAAUCGUACUAAAUUGGUACUGAUAAAUGCUAUUUACUUCAAGGGCAAGUGGAAAGAUAGUUUCGAUGGAAAGUACACCAGCGACUUACCCUUCCAUAUCAAUUCAAAUACAAUUAAGGAAGUACCGAUGAUGACAAUUACUUCCAUGUACUUGCAUGGUCAGCUUCAUAAUCUUGAUGCCAGAUUUGUUGAACUUCCCUAUAAGGGCGAUGAGGUCAGUAUGUUUAUAAUUGUGCCUAAUAAGAUUGAUGGGCUUCAGCGCAUCGAGAACAAUAUUCAUGACUUAGAUUUCAGUCGUUUAAAUCAGUAUGGUAGGAAUGAGGAAGUGAUCCUCUUUGUGCCAAAGUUCAAAAUUGAGAACACCAUCGAGCUCAAUAAUUUAUUGCAAAAGGUAGGUAUGGCUGAGAUGUUCACGGAUGCCGCUGAUUUCUCAGGCAUUGCCGAUACGCCUCUUAAGGUGAGCAAGAUCCUCCAGAAAGGGUUCAUCGAGGUCAAUGAAGAAGGCAGCGAAGCUGUUGCAGCUUCCGGUAAGUGAUAUUAUGUUGGUAUA